UCGCUGCCCCGCGGACUGCUGGGCCUCGGAACGGGCCUGCACCUCCCUCGGCUCUUGCGCGGGCCUCGGGGAGAGGGGUGGAAGAUGUCUAUGGAUGUGACGUUUCUUGGGACUGGUGCAGCAUAUCCAUCCCCUACUCGGGGUGCCUCUGCUGUGGUCUUUCGGUGUGAAGGCGAAUGCUGGCUCUUUGACUGUGGAGAGGGGACACAGACACAGCUUAUGAAAAGCCAACUGAAGGCAGGGAGAAUUACCAAGAUUUUCAUCACGCAUCUUCAUGGAGACCAUUUCUUUGGCCUUCCCGGCCUCCUCUGCACAAUCAGCCUGCAGAGUGGCUCUGUGGUCACCAAACAGCCAAUUGAAAUCUAUGGCCCUGUAGGACUUCGAGACUUUAUCUGGCGAACCAUGGAGCUCUCUCACACAGAGUUGGUGUUCCCUUACGUGGUCCAUGAGCUGGUGCCCACAGAAGAUCAGUGUCCUACAGAAGUACUAAAAGAAUCUUCACAUGUCGAUAAAGCAACAGAGAGCCCCCCCUCUCCCAAAGAGGGACAAGGAAGAACUAUCCUAUUAGAUUCAGAAGAAAACUCAUACCUUCUGGUUGAUGAUGAACAGUUUGUUGUAAAAGCAUUUCGCCUCUUUCACAGAAUUCCCUCCUUUGGGUUUUCAGUUGUAGAAAAGAAACGCCCAGGUAAACUCAAUGCACAGAAGCUGAAAGACCUUGGUGUUCCGCCAGGUCCUGCCUAUGGGAAGCUGAAAAAUGGGAUCUCUGUUGUUCUGGAAAAUGGGGUUACAAUUUCUCCCCAGGAUGUCUUAAAAAAGCCUAUUGUUGGAAGAAAAAUAUGCAUAUUGGGUGAUUGUUCUGGGGUUGUAGGAGAUGGAGGAGUGAAACUGUGCUUUGAAGCAGACCUGUUGAUCCACGAGGCAACCCUGGAUGACACCCAGAUGGACAAAGCAAAGGAGCAUGGCCAUAGCACACCUCAGAUGGCAGCAACGUUUGCAAAAAUGUGCCAAGCAAAGAGGCUGGUUCUUACUCAUUUCAGUCAGAGGUACAAACCAGUUGCCUUGGCCAGAGAAGGAGAAACAGAUGGCAUUGCGGAACUGAAAAAGCAAGCAGAAUCAGUGUUAGAUCUCCAAGAAGUGACUCUAGCAGAAGAUUUUAUGGUGAUUGGCAUUCCAAUCAAGAAAUGAAACAUAUUGACAUGUCUGUAAAUGUUACUGAACCUACAGUCCAGAUUUUUUUUUUUCUUUUGUUUUUGUUUUUUGGUCUGAAAUUAUUUUGGCCCUGAUAAUCCUAAAAAGGAUGGAGCUGCAUUAUUGAUCUGACUCAUUAGUGAGAGGGAGCAAGCUUUUUGAUAAUAAAUCAUUUUUAGA